AAACUUUGUUUUUAUCCCAAUUAUCGCGGGUAAACAAGUUGGCAUAAUGAGCACCCUAGUUCCAAGCUCCACACGCACCUUUGAAUGUUGAGGUCAUUCAAGGAAAUCAUGUGGAUGGUCCAAGUCUCGUUCCUUCUUGCUCUGCCUUUGAAACUGGUAAUUGGAUUUCACGAGCCCACAAUGGUUGUUCGUGGGAUUGGUUGUGGAACCACAAGGGAAUACACAGUGUGGACGGAUGUCAUUCCAGAUGCCAAAUACCCACCGUGUGCUCUUCUCAAGUCGCGAGAAGCUAGAGAGGCCUAUAAAGAUGUUAUUCCACUGUGGUUUGAAGCCACACCUUGGACUGAUUGUUCCAAGACUUGUGGAGUUGGAGAUCAGACCCGUACAAGAAAGUGCCAAACAAGGACUGGUCAGUCCCUAUUGCCCGAGGAUUGCCACAACACUGGAAUUACUCUCCAAGGAAGGAAAUGCAACGUUUUCAAAUGCACUAGUUUAACGCCUUGGUCAGAGUGGAGCAGCUGCGUCGGAACAUGUGGACCGGUGUUGAGAUCACGAAACCGUUCCUGCCAAGAAAUGGAUACCCAGAUAAAUUACCCCAAGGAUUAUUGUCAUGGAGCCAAUCUCACGGAUUAUGAAGAUUGUGAACUGGACCCUUGUCCCAAAGAUGGGGGGUGGUCCGCUUGGAAUGCCGAAACGUGUCCAGGCACUUGUGGAGGUUUUGUUGUCAAUAGGACACGUACUUGCGACAAUCCCGCACCUCUCUCGGGUGGAUUGCCUUGUCCAGGAUUAGCAAUUGAAACCAUUCCUUGUGGGACUGAUCCCUGUCCAAUUGACGGAGCUUGGACAGAAUGGACUCCUUGGAGUCUUUGCCCCGUAACAUGUGGAGGGGCUAACGAGACACGAACCCGCACUUGCUCGAAUCCUGCCCCGCAGUUUGACGGAGCCGCGUGUCCAGACGCCUCUUCCAAUGAAAUCCAGGAGUGUAAUACCAAAGCUUGUCCAGUUGACGGUGGAUGGGCUGAAUGGUCUUCAAACUCAGAUUGCAGUGCCACUUGUGGUGGUGGCUCAUCCGUAAAAAACCGCUUUUGCAUCAAUCCUCCCCCUUCAAAUGGAGGCGAAGAUUGUUCAGGGAAUGAUACAGAGGUGAUGUCUUGUAAUGAAAACCCUUGUCCAAUCCCUGGAGAGUGGAACUCUUGGAGUCCCUGGGGAAUGGUAUUGAACCAGUGUGUGGAACAGGGUCCAAGACUCGAACCAGAGAUUGUGGUGUAGCAUUGCAUGGCGGGCUUCAAAUUUGUACUUUAACCUCGGUUGAAAAUGACGUCGACUCUUGCGAUAUUUGCACAGC